ACCUAUUUACUUUGAAUAAAUAUUACGAGUUGGAUUUUCAUAUAUUGUUAAUUACUUAUAGUAAUUAAAAUUCUUAAAAUCUAAUUCGUCUAUCGGUAGCAUUUUAAAUUUAAAAAUUUGUGCUUCACUGGCUAGAAAUAUAUUAAUAAAUCAAACGGACGGUCCUGAAAGCGUUGACUGAAGAAAGCAACGCUGAAAGUGUAUUAACUGGAGAUUGGUAUCAGUCAACGCUGAAAGGAUACCGUUGCUGUAGACACAAUUUUUGGUGGCUGCCCUUGUUUUGAUGCCGCUCCCUCGACUGCUGCUGACAGCGCCGAUUUGUUUACGCGCCAAAAACCGUUAAAGGCGCGCGGUUUUGUGAUAAAAAUGGAGUAACCAGUCGACCGUUGUUCUGACAAUGUGCUAGUGAAUUUUGUGAUUGAAAUCGUGGUACAAAACUGUUACAAUCCGUUCUAAGCCUCCGCUGAAAAUUUAUAGUACUCUUUAACUUUAAACUGUUCAUCAAAAACAGCGAAUAUGUCGCAACAGUUCGUUGAUGCGUAUUUCAACAACCGAAAACGAACAGCUGCCGAAGACGUGAGGAUCAGGACGAAGGUCUUGGUCCUUGACGAAGAGCAGGCUGGAAAUUUAGUGAGCAGUUCGGAACGUGGCUCGGAAAACUCCAAAAACUCUGGAUCUUUGGCUCCGUUAACUCCACAGCCUGAAGAAGGUAACCCUAAAAUGAGCCCUAUGAUCGUCUUCUCAGCUCCUAAAGAUACUACCCUAAAUUUAGACUCCAAAAAUGUUGAAGGAGAGUCUCGGAAUAUCACUCUACGCCCUAACCGAGUCGUCAGGAAUAUUCAAUUCGAUUCCCCUAAGUCUGGUGCCUCAAAGGCCCCAAAAGCAAAUGCAAAAGGACGAGGGCUCAGGGCAAAGAAAAAUUUGGCUCAGGAAGGACAAGCUGAUAUUCGAGAGACUUUUUUGAAACUUAGCAAGGAAGGGAGUGACGGUUCAGUCCAGAAUUCCAAAAACGUAGUUUUUGAAAAGAAAGGAGCUCUAAGUCCAACAAAAAAAAAGCCGCUAACACCACAAAAAAUAAGAGAACAGCCUGCUGCAGGAGCGCUGACACCAAAAAAGAUGUCAGUCAUGGAAACCCUUGCACAGCAAGAUCUUAGUAUUGGGGAAAUUAAGAACAGAGUUGUAAAGAGUGGAAGACUCGCCGAGCUAAAGGCAGCCAUGGCUAGAGUCAACAAAUGUGCUGCUAAACUUGAUGAGCUUGAAAGCAAGAAGGAAGUCAUGAAACCACAGAUCAAGAAGUUUGAGAAAAUCGAACUUGAGGUUCCUAUUAGUCCGCAGAAGGCAUUGCUCUCUCCACGCAAGAAUCUCUUAACCCCAACCAAGAAUGUAGAUCUCCCAAAAAACGCCAGUCCUCAACGGCGUCUUCUGUUUGCGCCCAAAGAGAACUCUGGAAGCCCAGUCAAAAGCAGUCCCACAAAACUUGCUGCUUACCAAAAAUACCAAUCACUAGUUGAAAGCGGAACACCUGCUCUUGCCUUGCCCUACAAUUACAGGCUUUUGGCUGAGGCCUUUAGAUGUGUGGACACGGUCGCGGCACUGUUGUUCAACAGGAAAGAAGUAAUAACUUUCAAAAAAUUGAAGCCAGCGGUACAGGAAAUGUCACGGCGUAAUUUCUCUUUAGAAAUACUUGCGCAGAUCAAAACAGUCUUUCCAAACGCUUUUGCUUUCCAUCAAGAAAAAUUGCACAAUUUCGGUACUACCUCCAAGCAGGACAAUUACGAGCUGGUUGUCACACCUUUAGUCGAGCCCAAAACUGGAAGAAAUACUCCAGAUGCAGAUAAUGUCUUAAAAUCUGGAUCAGAAACUAGCAUGUGUCCAACUGUGCUACUGGAACGCAAAAGAAUCUUCUACAAGACGCUUCUGGAUCUUGUCAAAGCUGAACAUGAGAAGUUCUUGCACAGCUUGGAUCCACCCAUGAUAAUUCCAAAGCACAAAAUAACUAGAUGGCACCCAGAAUUCAACGUGGAAAGCUGCCUCCCAAUUGAGCAAGCAGAAUUACCACAGCCACCCAAUAUUGAACAGUUUACAACUGCUCAGGACGUUCUUCAAAAGGCAAAAAGCUUGUUUAACUGUAACACGCGCAUGGAAAAGGCUCUACAGAGACUAGCCGAGGCAAAGAUGACAUGUAAAUCUGAAUCGCCGAUUGCAAAUACGACUGUCGAUGCUACAACUCAAGUUGUUGAUCAGGGAAUGAGAAAAGUUGAGAUUUCGAUCGUUGAUACGCCUCCAGCAACACCCACCGUUCAACGUAGCUAUCUGAAUUCUGCUUUCAAAGGAAUUCCUAAGGCUCUCCUAGAGAAGGUUCGUGCAAAGCAGGCAGCCAAAGCCUUAGAGGCUAUGACAAGAACGCCCAGUGCGGAUAAAGAAGCGACGCGGUAUUCGCGUUUACCAGAACUAGCGAAGAUAUUGCGAAAUAUUUUUGUGGCGGAAAAAAAGGGCGUUUUAACUUUGGAGUUCGUAAUCGCUAAACUCGACAAUUCUUACAGGGCAAAACUCACCAAUAACGAGUUGGAAGACCAUAUUAAACUUCUUUGCAAACUAAUGCCGACUUGGGCAAGCUUGCAUAAUGUUCGAAAAGUCGAUUACUUGAAGUUGUCCAAAAACAUUGAUAUCAACAAGGUCAUUCGACGACUCGAAAUUAUGGCUAAUGAUAAAGUUGGUAAUUAGCAAUGGUAAUUAAUUUCGAAUCUAAUUAAUUUCGUGCAUUUAUACAAAUACGCGCAGAGUUGAUUUUCUUUUUUUCCCCUAUAAUUAAAUAAAUAUACACAUUUAUUAUGACGUUGCUGUCAUAUUGAAUAGCCAAGUUCAAUUUCAAUUCGACAAAGCUAUUUGGUGGUAAUUUUUUACUUGCUCUUAUUUUUUUCACUAUACCACCAAGGUUUUUAUCCUUAUAUUUGACAUUCUGUAUUUGAUUUGAUUUUCUCACUGCACACUCGAGCAAUAAUUCUAGUUUAGAAAUUGAAAAAAAAUCAACCAAAAAAAACAUGCACAAUUUUUACGUUUAAUACUAGCUACAAUUUCCCCAAAAAAUAGAUUGGUAUUGAUGAAUACGAAUAUGUACUUAGAUGAUGAUUAUAAAGACUGUUUUUUUUUGUCAGUUCCUAAGGAUCGACUAUAUACGAUCGAACGGUUAAUUUUUUCACAGCCAUAUCCCAACGUAGAUAAGCGGUGGAUGCUAUUGAAUUAGAUAAAAUAUGGAGCGUGAAAAUUGUGAACCUAGUUAUAAUUAAGUCGUUAGAAUUGAGUUAGUAAGAAUUUUCACAUGAAUAAAACAUCCUUUUCGAGCAAUACUAGUGCUAAGUUGACACUCGUUCGAUUCCAAGACACACUGAAAUUUGUGGAAAAAUCAUAUUAAAAAUAAUAAAAACCCGAAAUUUCCCGGUAACGAUAUUACGUUUUUUGGUGUUUUUUUUUUCUUUUUUACUGUUGAGAAACUCCCGCGAAGGACACAGAAUAUUCGAGCUUGUUAUAAGAAAGUUGACAAAGAACUUUGCAAUAAUCGACUAUAAUGACAUGAUGAAAAUGAUUCAACAAUGCAUUGGUGAUACAUUAAAUAAUAGGUCGUUCAACAGAAUUUCUUGAACAUAAAUUAUUAGGAGUAUCCAAGUUGUGGAUUACUGUAUCGAACGAGAGUUUAUUUAGCAUAAGCAUGGCUAUACAUCCGUUUCAUUAUAGCAGGAAAGUGAAAUGAUGACAACGGUAUAAUAAUAGUAAUAAUUUCAUUUAUUGAUUGAAUUUCGAUAGUAUUCUAAUUAUCGUAAAUAAGUACAUUAAUCAUUGGGCCAAAUAAUUAUCCUAUGCGGAAGACUAUAAUACACUAAAUCGGCGCUAUAAAAUCUAUUAAUAAUUAAAUAUUUUGUUAUCGCACAAAAAUUCUUUGGUUUCACUCAUAUGUUAUAAGUGCUCAUUAAACAACUAUUAUCAUUUGA